AUGUUGAAUGGCUCCAAGGAUCCGGAACGACCGAAGCAAGCUGUGAUCUUGGCUGCCGGCCGUGGCUCACGCCUCGUGCCCUACACCGAUGCACUCCCGACGGCGUUGAUCUCCAUCGGUGGCAAGUCCAUGGUGGCUCACACGAUCUCGACUCUGCGUCGUCAAGGGGUCCAAAGCUUCUACUUGUGCCGGGGCUGGAAAGGCGAUGUGUUCGAUGAGCACCUCACAUCGCUGGGCGACGGAGUUCAGUUGAUCGACUGCCCCGAUUUUGCAACGACUGGGAUGCUGGAGAGCUUGCGCGUUGCACUGCCACAUGUCCGACCUGGGCCUUUGCUGGUUUGCUACGGGGACAUCAUCUUCCGCCACAGCGUCACAUUCACAGUGGCGCGGCAGCUGCUGGAGACCACAGGAGGCAUCGCUGCGGUGGUCAAUGCGGCGGCUCCUGGCAAGGAAAGCAAGGGCUUCAACGAGGUGGAAGUGGUCGCGGCCAGUGGCACUGGGCCCGACCGUGCCAUACGGCGAAUUGGCAAGGGUCGGCGGGUGAGUGAGUGUGACUGCGCCGGGGAGUUUGCCGGGUUGGUGAAGUUCUCUACAUCUGGGAGAGCUAUCAUGGAGGAAGUCGUUCGCCGGCUCUUCCAGGAGGACAAGUCCUGCACGGGCCAAGCAUGGAGCUUGCCCUGGUGGCUGGAGCCUGUCGGCAGGGCCAGCUUGUGCGACCUACUUCAACUCAUGGCUGAUGAGGGCAUCUGCAUCUCCCUGGCCAUGGUCUUUGGGGGAUGGCAUGAGGUCAACACACCCCCGGACUUGACAAGGGCUUCGAACGACACGGCGCUUUUCCUUUCGGAAGAGGAUACCGUUACCCAAGUGAAGGCCAUGGGCGCUUGCCUCCUCAGUGAGGCCAAUGACCUGAAGCGACCGCUGCCAAUUGUCGCCAAGGAGCUCAAUGUCAACUUGGAACGGCUUGAAUGUCUGCUGAAGGGCAAUCUAGAAGUGAGUGAUGCUCUGGACAUCAUGCGCAAGAUGAGCGAGGUUUAUGCCGUGCCGCUCAACGACCUGUGGCUGGAUGCAGAUGACACCGAUGCCGGAGUUCGAGUCUUCACUAUGGAAGCUUCGGAAUCGUCUGCUCGAAUACUUGACAGAAAGGAGUGCAGGCUCAGCACAUUUGAGGUUGCAUCUGGAGAUCCACUUGAUCCCGAUGUUCAAAUGAACAAUGGGCAUCUGAUGAUGCAGACCACUCUCUUCAUUGGUCCUGUGGACUUCCACUACACCGACAGGCAUGGAAAGGUUCACCGCAAGGAGAUGAACACUGGAGAUAGUGCAGCCCUGUUUGUGCUCGCAUUGGCAGCCUGCGGGCUUUGGAGUGCUUUCGUCGGCCCAACGAAGCGCGCAGCGAGGGUGGACCGAGUGGCGUUGGAGGCAAGCCGAAAGUUCAUCGUUGGUGGCAACUGGAAGGCCAACGGAAGUCCAGACAGUGUCAAGAAGCUUGUCAAGGAUCUGAACGAUGGAGACAUCACAUCCAAGGAUGUAGAAGUCGUGUGUGCUCCGCCGUUUGUCUUCCUCUCGGAGGUGCAGGGCAGCCUGCGCAAGGACUUCGCCGUGGCCGCACAGAACCUUUGGGACAAAGACCCAGGUGCAUGGACAGGUGAGAUUCCUGCACAGAUGCUCGCUGACAUGGGCAUCAAGUGGGUGGUUCUGGGCCACAGCGAGCGGAGGGAGAACUGCGGUGAAACAAGCCAGAUCGUAGCCGAGAAGACCAAGUUCGCAGUGGACAACGGCUUCAGCACUCUUACAUGCAUUGGUGAGAAGCUUGAUGCCCGCGAGGGUGGAAAGACUUUCGAAGUGCUGGACGAGCAGCUGAAACCUUUGGCAGAUGUACUCUCUGAGGAGGACUGGGAGAAGGUGGUACUGGCAUACGAGCCUGUCUGGGCAAUUGGUACCGGAAAGGUGGCCACUCCUGAGCAGGCCGAAGAGACCCACGCCUACAUCCGAAAGUGGCUUACGGAAAACGUGUCCGAAAAGGUCAGCGAUUCGGUCCGCAUUCAAUAUGGAGGCUCAGUGAACGACAAGAAUGCCGCCGAUCUCGGCAACCCAGAAGAAGCCCGGGAAUGUGUCCUGAAGCGUUGCCUGGCUGCAGAGUGCUUGAGUCCAGCUGAAUUGGUCUCUGCAUUGGCACCGGGUGUGGCCGAAGGUCGUGCUUGGGAACUUCUCCGAGGAGCGGAGGCCAGCAGCGAAGAGAUUCAGAGUCUCGCAGAUGUUCUGAACGUGCGCGUCUCUGAUUUGCUGGUCAGCCCUCUUGGAGACGAGGAGGAGGUUGUUGUGACUUACGCAGAGAAGAGCCGGCAACAUGCACGUCGGAUGAAGAGCUAUGUGCUCUUUCCCGGUGCCCGGACGAGGCACCAGCCAGACCUGAAGACCUUCGACCUCGAGGUGCUGGAGUCUGCAACCCCCGGCGAGAGUCUCAGUUGUGGGCUGCACACUUUCGUCUACCACUUCGGCUCCGAGGCUGUCGAGCUGAGGUGGUCCACCAGACUCGGAGCUUCACGCGCUACAGUCCUACGACCAGGAGAUUCCUCCUACAUCGCGCCAUUAGUGGAGCACAGCUUCUCUGUUCUUCCUGGGGCUGUGCAGGAGCCGGGGAUGAACGGUGCAGCCUGCGGAAAGGGGCGGCGUCUCUUCCUUGUGCGCAUCCCCGGGCAGCUGUCGGGUGAAACUCUCGCCGAGUUUGCGACAUUUUCCACCCAUGGCCGUGAGCGCGUCGGAGCAGAAACGGUGCAGUGGUAUAAUUGA